AUGGCUGUGUUGGGGUGUGUGGCAUCAGUCCGGACGGGAUCCGAACCAGCGCAGCAGCUCCACGAGAAUGUCUCGCUGCAGGCGGACAUGGACAAGUUCGACAAGUUCUUCGACCAGGGGGGCAAUUGCUGCGCAUGCAAGACUAAAGGAUGGGGCUGGAACGGCUGGAGCGGCGAGUGCGCGGAUGAAUGGGGGCCCACGAAGCAUUGUGGGAAAGACUGUCAACAUCCUAAAUCAGGCUAUAAGUGCGAACGCCGUGGCAGCCAGUGUUAG